AUGGCCAAAGAAAUUGAAGAAUACUUUAUUAAAAGACUGUCUUCUUAUCUCUUGGAAUACUUACAGGAUUUCUCCCAAAAUAAUAUGGCAAAAGUAAAUUGAUUUUCCCCUAUGAAUUUAGUUUUCUUUGGGAAUUUCAUCCAAUAUCGUAUUAAAGAAUUUGUCCAUCAAAAAACAAGCUUUGCUUAAUUUCAAAUUCCCGCUCUAUAUUAUUGAUGGCAAAAUCAAUUCCAUCACUCUGAAUGUAAGUGUAUGAAGUUUAACCCUUUACAGAUGCCUCUUAACUAUAAAAAACAUCAACCGGAAUUAAUCAUUGAGGGAGUAGAACUACUCGUUUGUACCAUUUAGGAGAUCAAUAAAUUUACUCAAAACAAAGAUUAUCAGUAAUAGGGAGUAGAGAAUUUGAAAAAGCAUAAAUUAAAAUUAUGGGAAGAAUAGAUGGCCAAAUAUUUUGAAAAAUUAUCCCCACCCAAUUGGAUUCAGAAAAUAGUUGAUGGGAUAUUCAACAAUAUGUCCAUCAUCAUAAAAUAGUUUAAUGUUAGAUUUUGCAAUUUCUCAAUUCUUGGAUACGAGACUAUCUUGAGAAUUAAGUUUGAUGCCUCAAUCAAAGCAACCGAUGGGGAAUUCAAAUAAAACUUCAACAACGAUCUCAACAGCACAUUUAAAUUGUUGCAGAUCAAUAAAUUGAGUAUGUCAUUGAAAAAGGAGGCUUCCUAUAUCCUGACCAAGAAAGAUGUGCAAAUGAUUCUGAUGCCAAUCGAUAUCGAAAUCAAGUACACUCUUAAUAAAAAUUACGAAUAACUUACAUAGCCUAUCAUGGUGUUAGAAGCAUUAAUCAGAUCUCCUGUCAUCAUCCAAUUGAAUAAGGAAUAAAAGAACUAUUUAAUUAAAUUGAAUGAGGUACUAUCAUGUUAAGAAAUAAUUUAAGAUAAUUUUCAUCUAAGACCCACCAAAGAAAUAAAAAAUAAUUAUUCAGAUUGGUGGAAGUAUUUCAUUAAUUCCAUCAUUCUUAAACAAAAGAGUUAGAAAUUGGAUCUUAGUUUUUCAUCUAAGAAAUUGGUCUCAAUGAAAAGAUACAUCUAAUUAUACAAGAGAAAAUAAAACAUUGUAUUGGUGCCAUGGUUGUCCCAGUGGACUGCAAAGGAUGAAUCUAAGUUCAAAAUCUGCGAGGACAAUCUGCCUCUCAAGGACUUAUUGAAAUACCGAGAAUGGGCAUUUUAGGAAAUCAGAAUGGAAGCCAAGAGAUAUUGCAAUUCAGCGAAGGAUGGCCAAAACGAUCAGAGUGUCAAACCACUCCUUGAGAUUUGGACCAACACUAUUAAUAAUUAGAACUCCUUUAAGGAUCACACCAAAAGGAAUGAUGACAUCCCAAUAGAACUUGAAGAUGAUGAAAAAAUAAAUCUCUAUGAAAUCUUAGAAAGAGAUAAAACCAAUGUGUUGACUAGUUAUUUGAAAGGAGAAAACAAUCAUCCCAAUUAAUUAAAAAUAGAUUUCAAACUGAAAAUCCAUUCUAUCUUCUUUUUGAUUUUUGAACAAAGGGAACUGAACUGUGUUAAAUACACACCUGAAAACACGAAGAUCUUUAAGUUCUGUUAAUGCAGGUACCAUCUUAAAUUAUUAAAAAAACAAGCAUCUUCAAGAAAGAAGGUUAGACAAUCAUCUAACGUAAACACUUUAACUCAGGUCUAUAGUGAGUUGAAGUAGGGUGAGGAUAAAUCAUUUCAUUCAGUCAACUACAUCGACAGUUUUUAUGAAGAUAUGGAGGAUUUAAAUGGAGUAGAUUCAGAGAUAUCUCAAUAGUCGAACAGUUUAGAAAAAGUCAACAAUUAGGAACAAAAAUAAAACGCAGAUUAGCCUCUGCAUUAAAAGUUUGUUCUAUUGAUCAGUUUCAUUGGAAUCAGAGUUCCACUUCACAUAUAUUAAAAUGGAGGAAUUCAAACUCCACAGCCCAAAGGAUAGAGGGAAUUGGAAGAGAAGAUCUACAUAGGAGACAUCAAAGUGAUUUCUCCUGGAAUAUUGUUGAAAAUAAUGGAUGAGAAGGAACCUCGCAAUUUACUGCAAUCUCCAUUGUUUGGAAAGUCGCCUGAUGAAUCCUAGUAAGAGAAGAAAUAAUUAUAAUUAAAUUCGAAAUCUUAGAUCAAGUAUUGCGAAUUCUUCAACGAGAUCUUCGAAAUCUCAGUUACAAAGGAUUCUUAACAAUUCUUAAAUAGUGAAAUAUGUUAUCAGAUGUUGGGAGAGUUCCUCAAAUAGAAUAGGAUGUAGAAUAUAAAGAGUUUUCUGGAUGAUUAUGAGAAAGAUAAGAAUGGCUUUUAGGAUUUCACUACUGAGCAAUUUAAAUCCUACGAUAAAUAUUUCGAUGACAGACAGGAAAUCGAAGACCCUCUCUUCAUUCACAUAUCAAAACAACAAUUGCCUAAUGAGAAAAGUGAGAAAAACGAAAAGAAUCAUUGGGAUUUUCUUAGGAAUGUCACCAUUAAUGCAAACGAAAGAGAAAAACCGAAUCAAUGGAUUAUUUGCGAUAAUAAUAAUAAACAUGUGUUCCUCCAAGAAGCACACAACAAAAUAGUUGACAUCAUACGAAGAGUCCUAUUCAUACCCUUCAUUGAAGAAUUCGGAGAAAUGAUCUUGCCUACAUGCAUCAGCAAUUUGAGGGACAAAUUGACAUUUCCUCAAAUACAACUAAAAAAAGAGCAGGAUCAACAGAUCUAUGCGUUAUAGGUGUCUCUAAAUUUCAGAGGAGAGCAUUCGGAAUACAGAAUUCUCAGAAACAACGAGAUUAACAAAUGCCAUACCAAAGAAGCUGUUUAUCAAAGUAAAUCAAACCCAAAGAGUAAGAUUAAGAUUAAAAUAACUGCCUUUUCUUUUCUAUUAUCCACCAAGGCUGUCACGUCUUUGAUAUAUUUUAUGGAUAGUUAGAAAUAGCAAAUUUUUGAAUCGCAAUCUUACAAGCAAUGCAAAGAAGACAACAAAUUAUUAUAAUGCAUAGUUAAGAGCAAACCCUUGGCCAAGGAGACAAUUAAGCAAUAGCAGUGGAAGUUCUCUCUUGAAAUGGUUGACAAAUUCAAAAUAAGAAUAGUGACUGAUUCUAUUGCAAGCAAAAUAAAAACAGAGUUGAAACUCCAGUUUAAGAAUCUGUUUAUAAAGACUAUAAAUUUAGAGAAGAUGCGUCAGGAUAAGGAUUUCAAGAGCUUCUUUACAUCUGUUGACAAAAAUAAAAUGGACAAUUUCUUUGAGGAGUAGAAAUACUAUUGCAUCAACAAAAUUAUAUUAGAACAGUUUCAAAUUGCUCAUAAAUACUUUUCCAUCGAUUACAGAUAUUAUAAUGAAGAGAUGAAAAACUACGAAAAGUAAAUGCAAUCCUAGCGAAGUGGUAAGGACUAAUAAGGCUCUCCUCCAUUGUCUUUCUAAAGAAACAACAGUGAAUAGCUUUAAAGACCGAUAUAAUUUCCUCUGAGACAUGCGGUCACAUCUAAAAAUCAAUAUGAAGACAAACAACUGAAUUCGCAAACCAAUCUAUAAAGCAAGCCAGUAAAUAAAAUAUCAGGAAUUAAGUCUAUCAUAUUGGAAUCGAGGUUCUUGCUUUUUUCGUUUGACUCACUGGUAGAGAAUCACCCCCUGAUUACAGAUAAGAAAUUAUACAUCUAAAUCCCAUAUAUUGAUCUGCAGAUUAAUGACUCACAAAUUUGCUUUAUUGAAUUACUCAUGAUUAUCAACAAGAAGUUGAAAUAGAAGGAGAAAAAGCGACCCCAAGAGUUCAGAUAUCAAAUGAGUAAAGAUAGUUUGAUGAGGGCUGAAUUACUUGUAUUGUAGAAUGAUCAUAAGAAACAAAAAAAGGAUUGUAAACAUUGCAUUUUGAGAUUUCGUAAAAGUCUCUCUUUGAGUAACAUUAUUUUUGGUUCAAUUCCAAGGAUUCAGAAUGAUAUUAAUUUAUUUUCGUUAUUUGAAUUCGAAAAUUAGAUGAUCUAUUUUAGAACGCAAAAGAAGAAGAUAGAAGAACAAUAAAUAUCAAAGAAACAUAGUCAAGUAACCUUUGUUGAGACUCAUACCAACUCAGGGAUUUCAAUUUCAUUCAAAAGCACUCCCAAAACUAGUAAAAGUGUUUGUUAUGUCACUGUGUUUGAGAUGCCCCUCUUUAUAAUCACACAUGACAAAGGGUACUUUAAGGAUACCAUAGCAAUACAUUGUCAGAAGUCUAAGAAUGAUGUGGAGAUGUCUCAAUCAAAUAAAUUGGAAAUUCCACCUCCUCCUCCUUUUUCAGUUGAAAAAUCGAAAUCACAUUUUGAAGGUGCAUCUUUAAGACCAUAGCCAUAUCGCCUACCAGAUGAGAUUGAUGAAUCCAAUGUUGAGAAAACUCCCAUUGUCUUUGAACCUUAACUUUUCGUUUAAGAAUCCUAAAUCCUAAGCGACAAAUUGGAUGAUAAAUUUAUUUUCUAUUGCAGAAACAAAGAGCUAGAGAUGUUCAAUCAUGAUUUUGCUGAGUAUGAAGAAAAGGAUUAGCAAUCUUAAAAUAACUUAAUUGAUUAAUAAAAUGUUAAGGAUCCCAUCUAUUUACUAUUCUACUUUCACAAACCUUUGAGAGCCAAUCUGCUCCUGAAUGUGGCUGAAGAAAUUUACUAAGAAAAACACUCAAAAAUGAAACUCUUCUUUGCUAUCGAAAAUAUCAAAGCCACAUUCAGUAAUCAGUUUGCCACCUACAAUGUUAUUACCAUACUGAAAAACAUAUCCACAAUAAUGAACAUCUAGGAAAAUGCCUUUAAUCUAGUAAAUUAGGAUCUCUUGAAAAAGGAAAAGAACAAAGUCAAAUUAAAGGAGAAUCCUUUGAAAGUCAUUGAUGAAAUGAUUGUAUGUGCAAUCAUCUAGAAUAUUUACUUGAAAUCCAAUGAAACAUUCUUUAAGCUUAGUCAACUGAGAGUCUUUGUCUAAAUCUACUUGAUGGAAAGGUAGAGAUUCAAUCCCAUACAAAAGAGAGCCAUUCAAAGCUAUUACCCAUAGAAUCUUAGCAACAUCUAGAUUCCUAAAACGAGGUCUUCUAUCAACAAUUACGAAGAGGAUCAGAUCUUACGAUGUGAUACCAUCAAAUUUAAUUUCAAUCAGGUCUCUUAGGUGGACAUCAAAAUAGUGUUGGUGACCAAAAGCAAAGGCGAACUGAGUUUAUCGGUUGAUGACAUCCAAAUCAGUAUUAUGGGUAGAUAAAAGGAGAACUUGCUAGUAAUGCCAGGAAAGGAUAUCGGAGGCCAAAGAGCUAAGUAUGCCUUGCAUAUUAAUUUGUCAUUCCAAAAUUCGUACCCGUUGGUGAAGGCAAAGGUGGAAUAAGCCAAAAUAUUGCUUUCGCAAUAGAAGGUUUAGGACUUAUUGAUUGCAAUCAAUAGUUUCUAUCUGAUAAAUAUAGAAGAAACGAUUUCAUUGAAAUAGCAUCUAUUGAAAUACAUAUUUCAGCAAGAACUCAAUGCUUUCAAUAGGGAGGAAAAGCAAGUGAAUAUAUUUGUUAAUCAAAUCAAUAAUUACAAGAAGGCAUAUAAGUUUGCAUCCGAACUUAUAAUAGAAUCAUUGAUUAUUAAAUUGCAGGAGUAGGAGAAGGACUUCUUUUUGUUUCAAUUUCAUUCAAUUUAUUUAAAUAAGAGGAAUCAGACCAAUUUGUAAUUGUCAAUACAGCAAAUAGAGAUGAAACCAUAGAAUUCAGCAGGAGAAAAAACCAUUUAUUAAAAUUUGAUUGAGCCCAUUGAUAGUAAGUAGGUUGUGGUUUUCAACAUGGAAAACAAGAUAAUCUCAAUCAGGAACAUGAGAUUUUACUUGAUCUCAAGAUACAUCAAUGAACUUCAAGCAUUUAAGUAGAGGGUGGAAGCAAUAUUGUAGAAGAAUUUGGAUGAAUUGAAAGAAAAAUAUUAAAAGGACUUUGAUUUGUAAUUGCAAAUAAAGCAUGAGGAGGAUUUCCUGAAGGAGAAGGAUAACUUUAACUAUUAAAUUGAAAUCACUAAUUCCUAAUUUGUACUACCAGAGACUUCCUAAGAUUAUAAUGCGAUUAUUGCUACGUUUAACAGGGGGUAGAUCAACUUAAAGAAGCAAAAGAUAUAAUUGAAAUUGCCUGAUAUCGACAUUGAGCUCGCACAGUAGGAAUAGCAAAUGAAUGAAUCUUUGUUUAUAGAUUAUAGGGAGUAAAUACAACCAGAAAAUGGAGAGUUUUACGUCAUCAAUAUGUUUGGUUGUUUUGAUAACGUUUUGGUCAAAUAUCAGUUGAAUAACAAUCAGAAGACAGGAGAAUUAUUGAAGGCUGGUAUUUAAUUUUAUCUAUAUCAUAGAAUAGAUAACUUCAAAUAUGGAUAUACCUAGCUUCGAAUAAAAUUGUGGCCAAACUCUAUGGAAUUUCAAGGAUCAAUGCAAAUUAGAAAUUAAUAAAUUGAAAAUGUCACUUGAUUUAGGAAAAUUGAUGAAAAUUAAGAGUUUAAUGACUAAAAACUAAGAAGAACAAUCUCCUUUGUUCUAAUUUAAAAGACCUCUAUUAUAGAAGAUAAACUUUGAAGUAUUUCUAUUUAUAUAAAUUUAGAUUAAAUUCAGCGAUAGUAAUCUUGCUUUAACAAGAUUUAACCAAGGCGAACCAGAAAAACUAAAAUAACUUAAAGAGAAAUCCAAAGUCUAUAGUUAAUCCAUAAGAAAAAGUAAACACUUUUCUCCUCAAAACUAAUAAAAGUGAAUAUUCC